AUGGUCCAACAUCUCAAGCUCACCUACUUUGACAUCAAAGGCCGCGCCGAGUUGAGCCGCAUGUUGUUCCACUAUGGCGACGUCGCCUUUGUGGACGAGCGCCCUUCGCCCGCUGAAUUCGGGGCAAUGAAGCCAUCACUCCCAAAUGGCCAGCUGCCUGUCCUUGAAGUAGAUGGCGUUGUCUACGCUCAGAGUAUGGCUAUUGCUCGGUACGCGGCCAAGAUGGCUGGACUGUACCCCAGUGAUCCCGUGAAGGCCCUCAAGUCUGAUAUGCUGUCGUACACGAUUGCUGAGCUGAACACCGAGUGCACCGACUUUCUGUUCUUCACCCCGGAUGAGAGCGAAAAGACCAAGAAAAUGAACGCCUACAUCGAGAAAAGCGUUCCCAAGAUGCUUGCUGUGCUGGAAAAGCUCGUGGAGGGAAAGUUCCUUCUUGGUGACUCCAUCUCUUUUGCUGACGUGCAGACCUUUGACUAUGUCGAAAACGGCAUCAAAUCGAUUUUCCCGUCUUUUGAAGUGACUGCAUUCCCGAAGCUGGAGGCUCUCAUCAAGAAUGUCGCAUCGGACCCGAAGAUCGCAGCAUACCUCGCGAAGAGUAAGUAA